AUGUGGCGAAUAAGAAAAAACCGAGAGCUCCGAGAACUGUACAAAGAACCGGACAUUGUAGCCAUAGUGAAGAUUAGACGACUGAGAUGGGCAGGCCAUGUAGAAAGAAGGGAAGAAGAAAGUAUGCUUAAGAAGAUUGCCAAUGGACAACCACGAGGUACUCGCCCGCUAGGAAGACCGAACUUGAGAUGGAGAGACCAAGUCCAGAAAGACCUACACAGAGUGGGGGCAUCUCUUGACAUGGCGGCAGACCGGCAGCAGUGGAGGCAACUUAGUUUUGUUUGUAAACAUCUUGCCUCAAAAAAUUCGUUACUAGAUGGAAAUGUACUCAACAAAAAAUCUGAAAUCAUGAAAAGAGGACGACCACCAAAUAGAAGUUUGAAGAAGUUGGGGAAUUUCUUUAAAAGUCACAAAGCUGAUGAAGACCAGGCUGCAAAAGAACCUGAUCCUGAAGGACCUGAGGGGUCUGGUGUAUGUGUCUUAGAAGUUCAAUCUGAACAAAAUGUCACAAAUGGAGUGCGCAUGUUACCAGAUCAAUCAGAUGAAAAUCUGAUGACUUCCAACAAACCCAUUAGAUGUGCAAAGAUAAGGGCUCUGGAGAUAAUUUCUGAUGUAAGUGCUCAAAUAAGUCAAUCUAUGGUGGAAGAAAAGGUAAAUUAUUUUGAGCAAAGAAGAAUGUCAGAAGACAGCCAGGCUCGUGCCACUCGCCUUGAGGAACAGCGACAAAGAGACGCCAACCGCAGGGCUGCCGAGGAGGAGGACAAGCGAGCACGACGCCUCGAAGAACAGCGGCAAAGAGACGUCAACCGCAGGGCUGCCGAGGAGGAGGACAAGCGAGCACGACGUCUCGAAGAACAGCGGCAAAGAGACGUCAACCGCAGGGCUGCUGAGGAGGAGGAGAAUCGAGCACGACGCCUCGAAGAACAGCGGCAAAGAGACGUCAACCGCAGGGCUGCCGAGGAGGAGGACAAGCAAGCACGACGCCUUGAAGAACAGCGGCAAAGAGACGUCAACCGCAGGGCUGCCGAGGAGGAGGACAAGCGAGCACGACGCCUCGAAGAACAGCGGCAAAGAGACGUCAACCGCAGGGCUGCCGAGGAGGAGGACAAGCGAGCACGACGCCUUGAAGAACUCCGACAAGCAGCCACUAUCCGCAGAGCCGCCGAAGAAGAAGACGAGCGUGUUCGACGGCUUGAAGAACUGCGGCAAGCAGCCGCUAUCCGCAGAGCCGCCGAGGACGAAGACGAGCAUGUUCGACGUCUUGAAGAACUGCGGCAAGCAGCCGCUAUCCGCAGAGCCGCCGAAGAAGAAGACGAGCGUGUUCGACGGCUUGAAGAACUGCGGCAAGCAGCCGCUAUCCGCAGAGCCGCCGAAGAAGAAGACGAGCGUGUUCGACGGCUUGAAGAACUGCGGCAAGCAGCCGCUAUCCGCAGAGCCGCCGAGGACGAUGACGAGCGUGUUCGACGUCUUGAAGAACAGAGGCAAAGAGAUGCCAACCGCAGGGAUGCUGAAGUGGUAGACGAGCGUGCUCAACGCCUGCGAGAACAGUGUCGUCGUACAGCUGAAAUACGACAGAAUUCUGAGCGUAACCAACUUCAAUCCUAUAAAGCCGCUGCCUCAAGCCUCGUAGAGUACAGCAAUUUGGGAAUGUUUGACAUCGCAUGUGUUCAUUGUGGUGCUGUUCAUUUUUUAAAAGAGAGAGUGCAGAACAGAAUUCACCCUAAUUCAUUUGGUGACUGUUGCCUUCAUGGUCGCAUUGAACAACCUGCGCCAGAGUUUCCCAAUGAAUUGGCAUUGCUGUACACAAAACAACACAGACUAGCCAAACAGUUCCACGAUAAAAUUCGAAAUAUUUCUGCCUGUUUUGCUUUUUCUUCAUUCAAUGUUGCUGAUGACAGGACUUUCAAUAGUAAAGGUAUUUAUACAUUUACUGCUGGUGGACAAGUGUAUCACAAGUUAAAUUUGGCGGCUCAGCCAGUCAGCAACAGUGAGGGUGAUUUGGAACGACCUAGAUAUGGCCAAAUAACGUAUGAAUGA